AUGGUUGAGAAAAUGAUGCUUUUAGAAAUGGCAUGUCUUGUUUUGUGCCUUUGCAUGUUUGUAAAUGGCACACACCAUAUUGAAGGCAGUGAGGCAGAUGCUCUAUUGAAGUGGAAAGCAAGCCUUGACAACCAAAACAAGACUCUGCUCGCUUCGUGGACUGGUAAUAACCCAUGUCGUUGGGAAGGAAUUGAAUGUCAUCAUGACUCUAUAUCCAUCUCUAAGGUAAAUCUCACCAAUAUUGGACUAAAAGGUACGCUUCACACUCUCAAUUUCUCAUCACUUCAAAAACUCCAUACUUUAGUUUUAAAAAACAACUUGUUCUAUGGUGUUGUUCCACACCUUAUUCGGGUAAUGUCCAACCUAGACACUCUUGAUUUUUCACAAAACAAUUUCCAUGGUAGUAUUCCCAACACUGUUGGUAAUCUCUCCAGACUCUCCUUUCUUGAUUUCAGUUCCAAUAAUCUCACUGACACAAUUCCAAGUGAGAUAACCCAUUUGGUUGGUCUUUAUACACUUUCAAUGAGUCACAAUUCUUUUCUUAGUGGUUAUCUUCCUCGAGAAAUCGGUAGACUGAGGAAUUUGACACUGCUUGAUAUUUCUUUUUGCAAUCUCAUAGGGACUAUUCCAAUCUCGAUAGAAAAGAUAACCAACAUGUCACACCUUGACUUUGCAAAAAACAGCCUUUCUGGAAACAUUCCUCAUGGGAUUUGGAAAAUGGACUUAAAGUAUUUGUCACUUCAAAAUAAUAACUUCAAUGAUUCCAUCUCACAAAAUAUUUUCAAGUCACGGAACCUAGAGUUUCUUCAUCUUCAAGAAAGUGGCCUUUACGGUUUCAUGCCUAAGGAGUUUGGGAUGUUGGGUAACUUAAUAGAUCUUGAUAUUAGUCACUGCAAUCUCACAGGGUCUAUCUCUAUUUCUAUAGGAAAAUUGACCAAUAUAUCAAGUCUCUUGUUAAAUAACAACCAACUUUUUGGCCAAAUUCCUCGUGAAAUUGGAAAUUUGGCUAAGCUCAAGAAUCUUUUUCUUGAACAUAAUAGUCUUUCUGGCUCUAUUCCUCGUGAAAUAGGGUUUCUAAAACAACUUGACCUUCUUGAUUUGUCUACGAAUGUUCUCUCUGGCACAAUCCCUUCAUCAAUUGGAAACUUGAGCAAUUUACAAUUUCUGUACCUUUAUGCAAACCAUAUCAUUGGAAGCAUUCCUAGUGAAAUUGGAAACCUCAAUUCCCUCACCACAAUACAAGUGGCCGGAAACGGUCUUUCUGGACCAAUCCCAUCUUCCAUUGGUAACUUGGUCAAUUUGGAUACUAUUUAUCUUUCACAAAAUAAACUUUCUGGACCAAUUCCUUCCACCAUCGGAAAUUUAACAAAACUAACUGCAAUACUUUUUGACUCAAAUGCUCUCACCGGACAAAUCCCACAUUCAAUAGGUAAUUUGGUCAACUUAGAAGCUAUUUAUCUUCCACAAAAUAAACUCUCUGGGCCAGUUCCAUCUACUAUCGGAAAUUGUACAAAACUAACUAUAUUAUCUCUUUUCUCAAAUGCUCUCACUGGGAAUAUUCCAACCGAAAUGAAUAGGGUCACUGAUUUAGAAACACUCCAGUUAGCUUACAAUAAUUUCACAGGUGAUUUACCUCACAACAUUUGUGUUGGUGGGGAGUUGAUUUAUUUUAGUAUUAAUAAUAACCAAUUUACGGGCCUAAUUCCAUAUAGUUUAAGAAAUUGCUUUAGCCUUCAAAGAGUUAGACUUGAUCAAAACAGAUUAACUGAUAAUAUAACAAAUGGGUUUGGUGUGUAUCCGAAUUUGGUCUACAUGGAAUUAAGUAAUAAUAAUUUUUAUGGACAUCUAUCAUCAAAUUGGGGAAAGUGCAAGAAUCUCACAAGCCUUAAAAUCUCUAAUAAUAAUUUAACAGGAACCAUACCACCAGAAUUGGGUGAUGCAGUUAAUUUAGGUGAACUUAACUUGUCUUCAAACCAUCUUACUGGAAAAAUUCCAAAGGAGCUAGGGAACUUAUCUUUUUUGUACAAACUCUCGAUAAGUAACAAUCAUCUUUCGGGAGAAGUUCCUGUACAAAUUGCAUCAUUGCGUGAACUAACUUCCUUGGAGCUUGCAACAAAUAAUUUAAGUGGCUUCAUCCCUGAAAAACUUGGAAGGUUGUCAGCAUUAUUGCAGUUGAAUUUGAGUCACAAUAAAUUUGAAGGAAACAUUCCUGAUGAUUUUGGCCAAUUGAAAGUUAUUGAACAACUUGAUCUAAGCAAGAAUUUUUUAAAUGGAACCAUACCAUCGAUGCUGGGACAAUUAAAUUCUUUAGAAACAUUGAAUCUCUCACACAAUAAUCUUUCUGGUACCAUUCCCUUGAGCUAUGGUGUCAUGUUAAGCUUGACAAAUGUUGAUAUAUCAUACAAUCAAUUGGAGGGUCCAGUUCCAAACAUUCCAGCCUUCCAAAAUGCCUCAUUUAACCAACUCAGAAAUAACAAAGGCUUGUGUGGUAAUGUCUCUGGCCUUAAGCCUUGCUCAACAUCAGGUGGAAACUAUCAUAGUCAUAAGAAUAACAGAGUCUUGGUGCUUGUUUUACCCCUCACUCUAGGCACAUUAUUGUUAGCAUCAUUUGUUUUUUGGAUCUCAUAUCAUCUAUAUCAAAUGUCAAGAAAAAAAGAUUUAAAGGCUCCUGAAGAAUCAGACAAUGUAAAUCUUUUUUCUAUAUGGAGUUUUGAUGGGAAAAUGGUGUAUGAGAAUAUUAUUGAAGCCACAGAAGAGUUUGACAACAAGCAUCUCAUUGGAGUUGGAGGGCAUGGAAGUGUUUACAGAGCUGAAUUGCCCACAGGUCAAGUUGUUGCUGUGAAAAAAAUCCAUUCAUUACAAAAUGAAGAAAUGUCCAAUCCGAAAGCUUUUGAGAGUGAGAUUCGUGCUUUGACAGAGAUUCGACAUCGGAACAUUGUGAAGUUAUAUGGGUUUUGUUCACAUUCACUACACUCAUUUUUGGUUUAUGAAUUCUUGGAAAAGGGUAGCAUGGACAACAUUUUGAAGGAGAAUGAAACAUCUGGUGAAUUUGAUUGGAAGAGGAGGGUGAAUAUCAUUAAAGAUGUUGCAAAUGCUUUAUCUUAUAUGCAUCAUGAUUGCACACCUCCCAUUGUUCAUCGUGAUAUAUCUAGCAAGAAUGUUAUUUUGAAUUUGGAAUAUGUCGCUCAUGUUUCGGACUUCGGAACAUCUAAGUUUCUAAAUCCCAAUUCAUCCAAUAUGACUUCUUUUGCAGGAACGUUUGGAUAUGCAGCUCCAGAACUAGCAUACACAAUGGAAGUAAAUGAAAAAUGUGAUGUGUAUAGUUUUGGAAUAUUAACUUUAGAGAUACUUUUUGGGAAGCAUCCGGGAGAUAUUGUAACUUGUUUGUGGCAACAAUCUUCAGAAAGUGUUAUGGACCUCACACUUGAUACUUUGCCAUGGAUGGAGAAGUUGGACCAACGUCUCCCAUAUCCCAGAAACAAUGUUCAAAAGGACGUGAGUUUGAUGAUAAAGAUAGCAAUUUCAUGUUUAACCGAAAGUCCAAGAUCUCGCCCUACCAUGGAGCAGGUCUGCAAAAAGCUUGUAAUGUAA